CGUUUGGAUUUUUGCGGAAACCGCUUCGAAGCACCGACCAUUGCGUUCCCGAUUGCGUGGAUUAUUGUAGCGCGGACGUAUACACGUUCUCCACCGGGGCUCGGAGUCCUGUUGAGCAAGGCUCUACUGAAUCGCUUCUUCAUUUCUGCCGUUCGGCGAAUCGUUAUACACUUGAAAUUUGUCUUCGGGGGGGCUCGGAGGUUCUUGUUGGGGGGUUUGUGAAAUUCUUGCUGUUGUUUUUCGGUGUACCAAACAAGAACCAAAGUCACCGGGAAGAAGAAACGGUUUUUAAGUGGGCGGUGGGUGUCAGUCUCUGGCACGGGCGAGCAAUCGGAGUGCUUUCGGCAUAGCGCAUAGUGUUGUUCUGUAGCCGGUGAUUGGUGCCAAGUUCGGAUCCUCUGCACGAAGAUAUUGUCAUUUCGCCGGAUGAUGGUUAUAAAUUGGAAGAGAUAAAAGAAGUAUAUUAAAUUGGCAAUUUGAAGAAUUCGAUAGAUUCGGUUGCCUGUGAGCUCGUGUCGUGUAAGAAAGCAAAAAUUGAAAAAAAGGCAAACCCAUUCAAGUAGAAGCCGGUGCACAGUGCGCUCCAGUUGAGAUACGAUUUUCAAUCUCCAGGCAUCACAAUAACGUCGAGGUACACUCGGCAUUCGUAUAGCGAAGUGAAAAACCGGGAGAAGAAAAAGUGCGGUGAAAUAAUAGAAUAAAGGCACAAUCGUUCUCCAAAGUUCGAAUCUCGCAGACGAAGUCAUCGCGCGCUGGGUGCCUGGGGGAAGCCUGCUGAAAGGUUCCACUCACGAUAAAGCCCAAGGUGCUUACAACGAUUCACGCUAACGAUAUAGGCUUUUGAACUGGAAUAUCAUCUUUGAACUUACCGGCGAGAGGAGGGAGAAAAAAAAGUGAGUUCAAACCAAAUCUGAAGCCGUGGAAAAGUCGGAUCAUACCAGUUUUGCUGGAAAUAAUUCAAUUAUUGGAUUAAAUUUCGAUCAGCGGGACCAAGCGAAAAAAGAGGAAGAAGGAAAACAUCAGAUCUGGUUCAGUUGGAAUUGUUCAUAAGAAGUAUUUGCAGCGCAUAGAUUAAGGAAGCGUGUUGUGCGGAAAGUUUUGGUGGUGCAGUGAACAACUUGUUUCGCGGAAAGCUUCCUAUCUUCGGCAGCCGAGAAGAGUGAUGCUCUAAGUGUGUAUUCCUUUUGGUCCGCGCAAAUCUUGCCUGUGGCGGAAUUCGCGGGGAGUGAGCCGGAAAAUUGUGCGAGGUGCGGCAGCUUGUGUAAAAUUGUGUUUAUCCGCCAUUAAGAGGAAGCAGCAGCAGCAGCAGUGAAGUUAGAAAAUAGCAUCAGAAGCGUCAUCAGCGCCGUCAACAGUGCUUGUUGUGUGUUUAACCCAUUUCUGCAGUGUCAAGGAAGUAAAGUCUGCAAGUCUGUGUGUGUGUGUGUUAGUGAGAAAAGUGCAAGCCAUCCGCCCCCGGAAGGCAGAGGCCAGUUGAUCGCGGCUACACAACUCAUCCGAGCCGGAAGGAAAGGCACACACCCUCAAACACUUGAUAGCGUUGUGUGCAUUGUGUCGUUCCGGCGAAAGGGUGUCGGAAGUAUACGAUAGCGUCAUACCGGAAGCAGCAUCCCGAGGCGGUGUGGGAAAACGUCCCUCCGAGCAUCAGUCGCCGCUGCCGUCGCUGCUGUCGUCGCCUGAAAGAUCUGCUAUCUAUAACUGAGGCUUCAAUCAGCUCAAUUGAAAACCCUCCCACAACAUUCGCUUCUUCAGCGGGUUUUCUGAUGCUAUUCAGACUCUCCAGUGCUGAUGCCAACCGAUUAGUGAUCACCAUCCAUCGAUUGCAGCCACCAGCACUGAACUUUUGCUGGGUUGUAAAAAUACCCGAUUCAUCCUUACUUGAGCUGUCAUCGUAAAAAAAGUACGAUCAAAGAACGCACCAGCUAUAAAAUCAACGACGGAAGAAUUUACCUUGUACUUACCUAUCCUGUUUUCCUUACACACCCACAUACACACCUACUCCCCAUCCAUCUCUCCGCAAUAAAUCGAUCCGCUUUGAAGAAGUCGACCGUUUAGUGGAGCACAAAGUAAAGCCGAAGCGAGAAGAUAACUUCCCACAUAAAAGUGUAGUAGCAUGAGGCUAAAAUCAACAAACGAAAAGUGAGCGAGAAAGAACUCGCUUGAGAAGCGAUCCGGUGAAGCGAAAGUAUAACUUUCAACUGUUGUGCGAUCGAAGAAGAAGAAGAAGAAGAAGAAGAAAAUGAUGAAAAUAAAUCGACGCUAGCACAACGAGUGAGUGGUUAAACGUAGCAAAAAAUAAUUCAGAGAAGGGCAGAAAAAAAGUCAAUAAACUUGAAAUUUCCGCAAACUGAACGAUUUUCUUUCGGCAAAUGUCGACCGUGAAGGAGACAAACUUUCUGUAGCUCCUGCGAGAGGGAAAAUUAUACAAAAUCCGGCGAAAGCUGCUGCAGAAUAACACGAGCACAGUGAAAAAGAAAACGAAACCAAAAAAAAAACGAUCCUAUCGAGACUUGCGUGUUGCGUGUGUGUGUGUACAAGUGCCCCCGGAGGAAAAAAAGCAACAAACUAAAAGCGGUCAGAACCCUUCGCACCCCUCUGUCGGAGAGAGCUACGCUACGAAGAAGAUCCAAACUGGCGAAGCUAUAUUAUUACUUUUAUGCUGCUGCCAGGGUCCAACACUAGCCGAGUCCAAUGAAUGUGAUUCGACUGUUGCAGAUUAUAAUCGUUACAAAAUUCAUCAAAACUGGUAUCGCCGACAAGAACGACUAUCCGCUUUAUUUCGAGAAGGUUAUCUAUGAGGCUGACAUCGACGAAAAUGUCGAGAUUAAUCACAACUUUCUCAACGUCACCGCAAAAACACACGCUGAAGCGCCCAGUAUUCGAUACAAGAUUACAAGCGGUAACAUAGGGGGAGUGUUCGCAAUACAUAACACCACCGGAGCACUGUUCGUCGCCAAAGCUCUGGAUUACGAGAAACUCAGAAAGUACGAGCUCCGGUUGACGGCAUCGGAUAGCUUCAAGGAGAACUACACGACGGUGCUGAUUAACGUCAGGGACGUAAACGACAAUCCACCUGUAUUCGAAAAAUCAUCAUAUCGCACACAAAUCACCGAAGAGGACGACCGGGGCCUGCCGAAACGGGUGCUCCAGGUGACAGCAUCGGACGCCGAUGUGGAACGGCCGAACAAUAUAAUCUACUUCCUGACCGGGCCUGGGAUUGACGCCGAGAAUCCAUCGGAGAGUAAUUUCGACAUCAACAAGGCUACGGGGGAAAUACUCGUACUGAAGCCACUCAAUCGUGAUCCGCCCCACGGGCGAGCAUCGUGGAAAUUCACCGUGUUCGCACAGGACGAAAGCGGUGAGGGACUGGUCGGCUUCACCGAGGUGCAAAUCAAUCUGAAGGAUGUGAACGACAAUGCGCCGGUGUUUCCGCAGGGGGUUUACUACGGUAAUGUGACGGAGAACGGGACGGCCGGAAUGUAUGUGAUGACAAUAAAGGCCGAGGAUUAUGAUGACAUAAACGAGGGAUUGAAUGCAAAAAUUGUGUACUCAAUUGAGAAGAACGCGAUCGAAGAGGACAGUGGACUGCCGAUCUUCGACAUUAAUCCGGACACCGGCGUUAUAACGACAGCCGUGUGCUGUCUGGAUCGGGAAAAGACACCCGACUACUCGCUACAAAUUGUAGCUACCGAUGGGGGAGGCCUCAAGGGCACGGGAACAGCCUCCAUCAAAGUGAAGGAUUUGAACGAUAUGCCACCUCAUUUCACUAAAGACGAAUGGUUCAUCGAGGUGGAGGAAACAGAUGGGAAUGUUCUACCGGAGGCACCAAUUUUGACCGUAACGGUAAACGAUGAUGACGAAAUCAAUAACUUCCAAUAUAAGAUCAUUGAGAGCAGUGGCUAUGGGGCGGACAAGUUUUCGAUGGUCAAGAAUAGCGAUGGAACCGGGAGUUUGAAGGUGACCCAACCACUAGAUUUCGAGGAUCCCAUGCAGAUGAAUGGGUUUCGGUUCCGGAUCCAAGUUACCGACAACGAAGGAAUCAACGAUACCGAUAAGUACCACGUCGAUCAUUCGUGGGUAAUUGUGAAACUGAAAGACUUUAACGACAACACACCGCGCUUUCGUCGGCCACAUCUGGACGCGAAUGCGUCCGAAAAUGACGAAAUCGGCAAAGCGUUGGUCAGCUUCAAAGCCAUCGACAUCGAUAAGGCCGGCAAAAGCAAGAUCACGUACAUGAUCAACCGAGCGACCGAUCGCAAACGUCAGUUCGCCAUUAGCGACGAGGGAACGGUCACAAUUCAACGUGAGUUGGAUCGGGAGACCAUCCCAAAGUACCAUCUGGAAAUAUUGGCGAUCGAUGAUGGAGUUCCACCGAGAACGGCCACCGCGACGCUCGUUAUUGAUGUGAAGGAUGUCAAUGACAACGCGCCAGUGUUCGCCGAAGAGUACAAACCGAUUCUGCUGGAGAAUUCCCCACCCUCGAAAGUGAUCGAGAUAUCCGCAACGGAUCGGGACGAUCGGAAAAUGGGCAACGGAGCACCGUUUCAAUUCCGAAUGGAUCCAGACGCGGAUGACGUGAUACGGACGUCCUUCAAGAUCGAACAGAGUACCAAGGGCGAUGGAAUGGCGAUUGUGUCAUCGCUGGGUUCGUUCGAUCGGGAGUAUAGGAAGCAAUACGAGAUCCCGAUAGUGAUCAAGGACUCCGGCAAUCCUCCCCAGACAGGAACGAGCACCUUGACGGUGACGAUCGGUGAUGUCAACGAUAACAUCAUGCAGCCCGGAUCGAAGGAGGUGGUUGUGUACAAUUACCAGGGUCAAGCACCGGAUACCCCGAUCGGGAGGGUGUUUGUGAACGAUCUGGAUGAUUGGGAUACGUCAGACAAGUUGUUCUACUGGGAUGAGAUCGAGAAUCCUAGAUUCAAACUAGAUGAUACAUCGGGCAUGGUUACGAUGAGACGGGGAGCCCGGGAAGGACGGUACAAGCUGCGGUUCAAGAUAUAUGACCGCAAACAUGCGCAAGAAUCGUACGCUAACAUGUCGGUCGUUGUGAAACAUAUUUCCUACGAAGCGAUCGUAAACUCCGGUUCGAUUCGGCUCAUGGGAAUCACGGAUGAAGAUUUUAUACGCAUCUGGAACUAUCGGGCGCAGAAUAUUUUCAAGAGUAAACUGGAGCGUUUCCGGGAUAAACUGGCCGAGUUGUUGAAUAUAGACAAGAAGAAUGUGGAUGUGUUUAGUGUACAGAUGAAGACCAAGAGUCCGCCGGUUACAGAUGUUAGGUUUUCGGCGAGAAGCGCUUACUAUUACAAAGCGGUACAACUGAAUGGGGUGGUUCUGCUACACAAGGAGGACAUAGAGCUAGCGGUAGGGAUCAAUAUAACGAUGGUCAAUAUCGACGAGUGUUUAGCGGAGAAUGCCGACUGCAAUGGUUCGUGUACCAGCAUCAUGGAAGUCCAGGCAAAUCCCAGCCUGGUCAACGCCAACAAGACAGCACUGGUUGGAGUCCAAAUUAAGUCCACAGCGGAGUGCAUGUGUAGUGCGAGAGAGUACAAACAGCAGCAGACAUGUAGUUCCCAUCCGUGUCUCAACGGGGGCCGGUGCUCGGAGAGUAAAUCGGGAGUUCGCUGCUCGUGUCCCCCUGGCUAUACUGGUCCUCGCUGUCAACAAACGGUGCGGAGCUUCCGAGGAAAUGGUUGGGCCUGGUAUCCGUCGUUGGACAUGUGCGAUAAGUCCCACAUAAGCGUAGAAAUCAUUACAACGAAACCGGAUGGUUUAAUCUUCUACAACGGUCCGAUUGUACCUCCGAAUGAUGGCGAUGAGUAUCAGCAGUCAGAUUUCAUCGCUCUGGAGCUGGAGCAGGGCUAUCCAAGAUUCCUACUCGACUACGGUUCGGGAACGUUGGAGUUAAGAAUACAAACGAAACUUCCGCUCAAUGAUGGGGAUUGGCACCGAAUCGAUCUCUUCUGGGACACGGAUCAGGUGAAGAUGGUUGUGGAUCACUGCAGAACAGCUGUUAUCUCCGAAGCAGAUGAUGGUAACUUGGUCGAGUUUGUCGAUCACACAUGUCAGGCCAUUGGUCGCGUUCCACAGUUCAACGAGUACUUGAACUUGAAUACACCCCUCCAAAUAGGUGGCGUAUUCCGAGAGAAAUUUGACUACACCUACAACCGCUGGCAGUACAUGCCGAUUGCAGCUGGGUUCGAAGGAUGCAUGCGCAACUUCAAGCACAACGGAAUACUGUACGAUCUGUCGCAUCCGGGUCUAUCGAAGGGUACCAUGCCGGGAUGUCUGUACACUCAGGAAGUUUGCGACAUGAAUCCACAGGUGGCGAAGUGUUUGGAACAUGGAAAAUGUGUUGGAAACUAUGACGAGGCAAAGUGCGAAUGCAAUCCGGGCUGGUCAGGUACCUACUGUAGUCUACCGACGACACCAACCACCUUCAAGACCCACAGCUACGUGAAAUACGCACUAAGCUUCGAACCGGACAAAUUCACAACUCAGAUUCAGUUGCGCUUCCGCACUAGGGAGUUAUACGGGGAACUAUUUCGCAUCAGCGAUCAACACAUGCGUGAGUACGGUAUUAUCGAACUGAAGGAAGCCCGAUUGUUGUUCAGGUACAGUCUGAACUCCGGCCAGGUGGAGGAGCAUGAGAUUUCGCUAAGCGCGGUCGAGGUUGAUGAUGGCCAGUGGCAUGUGGUGAAGAUACAGCGUUAUGGAUCUGCAGCCAUCUUGGAGCUGGACGGCGGAGAGGGUGCUAAUUUCAACCAAAGCUUCUCGUUCGAUGGGCAUCAAUGGUUGUCGGUGGAUAAGCAGGAGGGUGUCUAUGCUGGAGGAAAACCAGAGUUCACUGGAGUGAAAACAUUUGAUGUGCAGGCUGAUUACCAGAAGAGCUGCAUCGAUGAUAUAAGGUUGGACGGUAAGAGUUUGCCUCUGCCUCCGGCUACUAACGGAACUCAGUGGGGCCAAGCCACAAUGGCGAAAAACAUCGAGCGCUACUGCACCUCCAAUAACCCGUGCCAGAAUGCCUACUGUCCGGAGCCGUUCGAAUGUGUCGACCUUUGGAACAAGUACGAGUGCGCGUGCGGGGAUGGCAUGAUCAUCUCGCCCGAGGGCAAAACCUGCAUCGAUCGGAACGAGUGUCUAGACUACCCGUGCCUGAACGGGGGAACCUGCAUCAACCAGGAGCCCAGGCUCAAGUACAAGUGCAUCUGUCCAGAUUCGUACUGGGGCGAGAGCUGCGAGUUCUUGAAGGAGCGACAAGCGCUGAAAUUCAGCACAAGUGCCUUGGCUGCCGUCAUAACAUGUCUACUGCUGAUUAUUAUUUUAUUAUUCCUAUAUUUUUCCUGUUCCCGCCGCCGUUCGGCCAACUUCAACAAGAAAACCGGCACGAAGGACGACAUCCGUGAGAACAUCAUCAACUACUGUGACGAAGGCGGCGGAGAAAACGACAUGACUGCGUUCGACAUGAAAACCCUCAAAAUUCCUAUAGGACCACUACCGGAACUGGUACAGCACAAGGCACCACCCGUACGUCCCGAUAUUGCCGUCGUGUCCGACCAGGUCGUCACCAAGAUCGACGUGUUCCUGGACGACCGGAAGCGACGGGCGGAUGUCGAUCCCGCCUCCGGGCCCUUCGACGACCUGCGGAACUACGCAUACGAAGGUUGUGGGAGUACGUCUGGCUCACUAAGUUCCUUACAGUCAGGUACCGAUGAUGAGCCCCAUGAGUAUAGCUUUCUAUCCACAUGGGGGCCGCGUUUUGAUAAGUUAGUCAAUAUUUAUGAGCCCAAGAUUCAGAUUGAGGACGAUGACGUUAGUUAAAAGUAACUUGUGUUUCGGAAUGGUUUAUUUUUAUACUUCGCAUCAUAGGUGUAGUUAAUGGUUUUUUUAUAUACAUAUAUUCGAACGGUGUAGAUAUCAAAAGGUAUAAAUAUUUAACGAAUUGAACUGUAAGAAUUUGACAACCUUGUAUUUUGAGGAUAAACAAACAACGUAAACUAUAGACAAGUGAAUUAGUCGAUAAGUAGGUGAUAAGCAAACAGUGAAAUAAAAUCAGUCCUAGAAUUAAACAAAACCAAAUUCAAUGCUCUCUUCCACAAAAAAGCAAGCAAAACUUACGUUGAGGUAGUCCUUCAAAGUUCACCAGAAUUGCGCGUGAAGGUUAGUUUUGUGUUCAUUUUCUCCUCGACUGCUGUAAGCGGCAACUUUCGCCAUUCCCCAAAAUGUAUAUUUGUGCAGCUGAAAUGUGCUCAGAAAUGCAAAUCCUUGGUGCUGGUGGCACCGCUGUUGGCUUGUUUCAACGCAUCGAAGUCUUACACUUUAAGUGCUGCUCGGUCCUAGCCAAACUUACAAAGUACUUUCGCUUCAAAACUAAGUUAGCACAGUUGAGAGCAAGGUGGGAAAUUUCCACCGCGCUGUUGCCGGCGAAAGUUUUUACCCCCCCAAUUGACAAAAGUUUGGCUCGGCAAAACUUGAAGCUUUGUGCUUCAGCGCUCCUACUGUGACGGGCGCAAAAAUCGCGCCAACUUCGAAGAUCCUCUCCUUGAGAGAGGGGAAACACAAGAUUUGGAUUGGCGUUAAUUGGACAUUUUUGAACCGAUGCGCGGUUGUGAAAAAUUCAAGUUUCUAAAUCGAUUGGUUGGAGAUCAAAAGCUCAACAAAUGCUCAACAUUUAUUGAACAUUCGUUUUGAGUUUAAUGCAUAGUCCUGAAUCGGACACUUGUAAAAUAAUCGCUAGCAGAACAAAAUUCAAUAACUAAAUAUAACGAUUAUAGGGAUUUUGGAUGACUCUUGAUGAUUAUCAGUUAGCCUAUUAUGACGAAAAAUAGUUCAAAUUUGUUUUAUUUUCAAACCUGCUAAAAUAUAUUAAAUUUCACAAAAUUUAAGCAAAAUCUUUGAAACGGAGCGAUUUCUAGCAGUAAAUCUGCGACUUAUACUCAGCCCCACAUCAAUUUUUUAUAACAAUGCUAGCUUUGCGACAUUCGUGUGUAUUGAUUGACAUGACAUUGUAUUGACAACGAACAUAUCUUAUGAUGGAACUCGCUUUUGCGGAUAAUCUGCACCGCUAAUCGGGGUUCUACUGUAAUCAGUUUUCGAGGGCUCUUCUGAAAGUUGCAGACGUUUGUUACGAGCGUUGCAGUGGCUAAAUCCGCUUCACAAGUGGCGUGAUUUUUCUAUUGUAGCGCACAUUUUAAUUAGUCACUCUAAGAAAAAUAAGAGAGAUACCUACCACUCGCUAUCACAACCUAAUGCGUACUAAGUGUAGGAGUCUUAUGACAGCAAAAUAACGGCUGCGUCUGCUACUUUCUGGAUAGCCCUGGUACACGACUUUCUCUAUGCGAGACAAUACAAAAAUAGAACUGUCAAAUUUCUGUCAUACUUAGAAUACUUAAAUCGUGUCCUGCAUUCAUUUUUAUUCACACAGAAUUUAAUUCCAAACACUUAAUGUUCUUGUUCGAUUCAACUGUUAACAAUAGCUUCUAACUCACGCUUAAAGAAUUAAUUUUGUUUCUUUGGGACAAUGUUAAACUUCGCCAGGAGGCUAGCGGCUGCCACGAUUGUACAUAUUGGUAUGGGCACCAUUGAAGCUAACACUACUUGGUAUGAGAAUGGAUGCUAAUAACAAUAAUAUAACUCUUGGACUGUCAUAAAGCUCGCGUCACACUUGUUUUUUAUCCCAUUUGUUUAUUUUAGGCUCAUUAGCAUUUUAGCUGUAACAGAGCCGAAUUUUAAUCGUGUACAUGUCACACAUUUAUCAUAUAUAUAUUUAGCACAUUACACAGUAGUCAUUUAGGCGUAAGAGUAUUUGUUGCCUACCAACGCAACUCGCACCUGUAUUUAUGAACUUGGCUUCACAGUAUAAACAACGCUCGCAUAAAACAACCUUGGUAAGAGUGAACGUUAGGGAAGAAGAGAAAAGAUAAUUAGUAGGAAUAAACAAAUGGAUACGAAACAAUAGAAGUUAGAGGAAAGAAAAAGAGUUUUAUAAAAUUUCCGUGCGUUCUUAUAUGAAAUUUAUAAAAUUGAAACUGUGGAGCCGAUCUGGCGUAGUGGUAACAUCCAUGCCUCUCACGCUAAAGCUCACGAGUUCAAUUCUCACUCCCGACAUUCUUCCAAAAAUGGAAGUAAAAAUGACGAACCAGCCAAAUGAGUUGAAAGUCACUAUAAUACAGACAAAAAAAUAAAAAAUAAAAUUGAAACUAAACGUGAGUCUAAAUUAAUUAAAAUAAUACUUUGUAAAAUGCAUAAAUUGUAAUUGCAGAAAAAUUACAAUUUAUGUAUUUUCAUAUGAGAACGCACGGAAAUUUUAUAAAACUCUUUGAUUCCUCUAACUACUAUUGUUUCGUAUCCAUUUGUUUAUUCCUACUAACUAUCUUUUCUCUUCUUCUUUGUUCCUCUUCUUCCCUAACGUUCACUCUUACCAAGGUUGUUUUAUGCGAGUGUUGUUUAUACUGUGAAGUCAAGUUCAUAAAUACAGGUGCGCGUUGCGUUGGUACGCAACAGUAUUCCUUCUGUUCUUCCAUUGUCCAAUUAGACCGGACAGCGGAGACAUUUGAUAUGAUCAUUGUUGAGUUAUUAAUAGAACAGCAGCCCGAUGUUGUAUGGAUUAAUCGAUCUUAUUUCGACCGUGGAUCGAUCUCCAUCGCUGAUGAUUGUUGCGUGGACGUAGUUAUUCUAUAACAAUACAAAGAUGGUCAAUGAGGGCCCUGAGUUUUGAACUCACGAUCGAUCGCUUACUAAGCGAACGCGCAACCAAUGUCUAUUAGGAUCUCUAUUAGGAAGCUGCUAUUCCUUUACUCAUUGUCCUUGCUCUAUGGCUAUCCUCCUUCUUCUAUGGCUACCCUCCUUCUUCUAUGGCUGUAUACCUGGCGGUCGGUCUGAAUGUAGGGAUCUUAACUACUCUCCAUCAUCCAUGAUGGUUUCCGCCUGGUGCUGAUCGUAAGUUUCUCCGAGUGGUGUAUGUUCGAUAUUCCCUCGAACUCCGGCAGAUGUGGAAGAUGGACAAUUAUGGCGAUUCUCCUCCUAGCUCCGAUAUGCCCUCGAAGACUAAGCCGAAGAAUCAAACUCCACUACAUGACCAUUUACUCCCACAGCCGGAACUACCGACUGCGCCAGUUAAGGACUUUAAGGUUCUGUACUCAAUAGAAACAUGUUAUAGGUUUGAGCUCUAGACUAGAACUAAUUUAUUUCACCUAGUUUCGCCUAUUUAUAUCUUCUAUACAAAAGAAACAUCCCUGCACUAGAAAUGUUGUUUUAAUUUUUGCAUAAUCAAAGGCGCGUUGAAGUGAUUUUACAAAGCAGCGCCAAAAUAUGUGGUGGCAAUUAUUAUAAUUUUUAUCAAAGGUAAAAAUGUGUUCUUCCUCGUGUAAGGAUUAUGUGCUCUGAGGGUUGAGUGUUUUCAUUGCCUAGUUUGGAGGCGAUCUGGCGUAGUGGUAACAUCCAUGCCUCUCACGCUAAAGGUCACGAGUUCAAUUCUCACUCCCGACAUUCUUCCAAAAAUGAAAGUAGAAGUGACGAACCAACCAAAUGAGUUGAAAGUCACUAUAAUACAGAUAAGAAAAAAAUUGCCUACUUUGCACAAUUUUAUAAAGGGUUAAUUCCCCUUUUUUGGAAAAACAGUCCGGGAAAAUCUAUUCUUUCAAUUUAAAGCACCCUUUUACCUGUAGAACUGAAGCUGAUAUACAGCCCAUUCAAAUGAUAAUAAAUUCGGGCAGUUUAAAUCUUCAAGUGAAAGCGCUUUUUUUUUCAAAUACCAAAAAAAACCACAGCAGAAAAGAACGAAAUUGAAGAAUCGAUGUUUUAAUGUAAGUAGAGAAUAUUCAUAAUCUAAAAUGAUUCUGGGUGAAGAGAAAGGAAGAAUUAAAAAAAAUAUUUUCAUCUUUUUGUUUCGGAAUUGUCAAGCCCAUUUAUUUUUUUUGUAUUUUGCUCUUGACUUUUUGACUAUCGGGAACAUAUUGGGGUACAAAUUGAGAAACCAAAAAUCUGCCGCAUCGCGGAAAUUGUUUAAUUUCAAGCGUUUAUUACUCAGUCAUUUGCUGAUGGAUUUUUGAGCGAUCUGCAUCAAGUGAUUUAGGCAUUCCCUAUUAAUUUUAUACUAUGAAAAAAAGUAUAUAUUUCAUGAAGCUAAUCAUUGAACAAUUGAAAAAUGUCAAGCACUAUCUAAUCGAAAAUCCCGCGUUUUGAUUGGUCAAUUGGCACCAGCAAUGUUUCUUUUGGGGUCUACAAAUACGUGAUUGGAAGAUUCUUCGGUCUAUAUUUCAACAUUGAACUUUCACCAUACAAUGUGCUCAAUCAAUUUUGGAUACGAUAAAGCUUUAGCUUUUUUUGAAUUUCAUAGAAUAAACAUCAGCGACAAACAGCAAACUGAUCGGCUGGAAUUUCACUAGUUCAAGAUGGAUCAUCGGCUAUAGUGUUAAUGUCUUCAACAUAAGGAACUGCUGUAUAGUCCUAUCCCUAAGUGAAUCGUCUAUCUGUCAUAACUUUUUGGAUGAGAGUUUCGAGUUUCUGGUCAGCUUUUCACUAUUUUUGCAUCUUCUUCAAAGUUUUGCUAGAUAUGGUACAAUAUAUCUCUAUGAGUUGGAGCUUCGGGGUGUUGGAUGGAUAAUUUUUGGGCUCUACAAUCAGGUUAUUCUCGGUAUUCCAUUCCAUCGCGCCAUCAGGUCAUUCCGGCCAAAACAGAACGGGGUUACCGUGGUCAUUGGGAAAAGGCAUCGUUUGGGGACGUUUCUCCAGUCAUUCUAUAUGUCCUGGUCCUGGUAGACGAACCCAGUGGCGAUUAGACUAUCUCUCUUCUGGCCGCAGAUGCGAAUAAAACUCAUAUCUAGGAAGCUGCUUUAAAUUCUGUUUUCCGUGUGUUUCGUCGUACAUGACACCGCAAUCGAAAUUCGUGAGCAGUCCCGUAUACAACAUCUGGGAUCGUUAUGUGGCCCUCGAGUUCUGGUUGUCGCACAGUGGGGCAGUUUUUUAAAACGACGGUCAAAAAUUUCACGUCCUUCCUUGCAUCUUAGAGGUUGGAUAUUCUAAGAGGAGUUGUUCAGAAUCUUGAUUUGGAUAAUUGAGUAUUUUCAUUUAAAUUCUCAAUAAGUAAGAAUAAAAAUAAAUAAUACUAACAUUUUGUAUAUACGAUAUAUUUUGCUCUGUCGUGAGAAAAUUGUAGAGCUUGAAACCUUGCUGAAGAUACAUAAUUUCUAUCUCUUAGUACUGCAAAGAUAUACCGUCGAUGGGGGUAAUAUUGGGGCAAAAACAAAAAAAAAGAUUAAUUAUUAAACAAUAACACAGUUAAUUAUUAUACAUUGGAAGUAGGUUUCAAAAACAUUCGCAAUAUUUUUUUAAUCUCACCCAAUCUCACCCCAUGGACGGUGACUUUUUUUGAAGAGUGGGAGUAUUUUUCUACUCAACUCUACAUAAAUUACAUUGUAUGAACUCAACAUCUUCCUCAAAAUUCUAACUUUGCUAGAGAACAGUUUUAACAUUUAACAGUUUUGUAAAUUUCGCGUGCGAGGAGCUUGGUUUUUGGCGUGAGCAACAUUUUUUAGCGAUGCUCCUCUUAUUUGGGCGCCAUUUUGAGAACUGAAGAGCAUAAGCUUUGUUAACUAGUUGAGAUUGGAAUACGUGGAAUUACGAACUGUGCGAUUUAUAGUGUGUCAGAUGAGUCAGCUUCAUCGACUGACCAAUGAAGGCAACUGGUUGAUGUAGGGUAGAUCAUAAUUAAUCGCAGUUGUUUGAUAGUUACUGUUAUAUGGGUUCCCGGAAUAAAUCGCCACAGAAAACGACUGCAACAGAAACCACCGCUUAUAAAAUGUGUAGUAGGCUAUAAAUAUUGUGGCGCGGUAUUGUAUUUCAAAACAAGAAUUAACCGGGCAAACGUAUCGCCCCAGGCAAACGUAACGCCCCGGGCAGACGUAUACCGUCCGACGCUCGCUAGAGCUCGGUCGGACAUUGCUAAAGGAUCGUAUCCUAUGUUUCAAACUAACCGGGCAAUCAGUGGAUCCCAGGUUUGCGUGCGAGACACCGCCGCUUCCGACGGCGGGUCGGCGGUGGACUCGGAUUGCGUCAUCUUGGCGGCAUGGGCCGCCUCGAUUCCUUAUCCUCGCCAAAUGGGGACUUCGUCCCCAUUACAUUGUCCUCAGAAUAAAUUUCGAAAAACGAGAACAAGAGAAUAAAUUUAUAAUAGAAAUGUGAGGCACAUGAUGUUUUUCCCGCGCCAAAUAUUUCUAGCCUACUACACUUUUUCUAAGCGGUUGUUUCUGUUGCAGUUGUUUACUGUGGCGAUUUAUUCCGGUCACCUGUUAUAUGAUCUACUCUGACGUAAGGUUCAUCAUUUAAGAUGGUAAGGCUAAGCUCAUUGGCUGGAUCGAAUGUCGCCUAGCCUCUACGGUUCAAUGUUCUUGAGCGUUUGUGAACGUUCAAAUCCUCACCUUAAAUAAGUUGGGAGGACAAAAGUAUUCACUAGGUCUUUUGUGCCACCGAUUUAUGAUUGGGAGAUCGAAUAUCCGUUAAAUAAUUAAAAACUGAAUAAGUCCACCUAGAAAAGAUAUCGUGUUUUUCAGCAGUAUAAACUAUUUUCCUUUUGGUUCCAGUCAGCUUCUAAACAGUUCAAAUUUGGCGAUUUGAUUUCCGUUUAUAGACGCAGGGCAUUCCUUAGGAAUAGAUUGAACAGACUUUUCACAGUCUAUUACACUACCAAUGGAAACUGUCCGUACUACCCCACCAGCACAAAUUUUUCAAACAAUUUGAAUUUUCCACUCAAAAAUGAAUUUACGUUUCCGUAUAUACCUAAUAUCGCUUGUCUGUUAGCUCACAAACCGAAAUAUAACCAUCAGCGAAUUUAAUUUUGAUAUUAAACCACUCAAAAUGCUUAAUAUCGAAGCAGCUAAAAUUACAUCCACACGCAGAAUCAUGUAUGAUUUUCGGUUUUUGUUUCCUCUUUCCUCUUUUGAUCAGUAUUCAUUGUCAUAGGGUGGUUUAAAUAUUAUAGAAUAACAUGUAGAAGGUGUUCUAAUUAACAGAAAUCUAAAAUUCAAAAUGUGACUAUACGAAUCAAUCACCUGUCCAUAUUACCCCCACUGUCCGUAUUAUCUGCGAUUCCCCUAGUUGUAUUCCCCAUAUUACCCCCACUGUUUCAUAUUGCAACAAACCUCUUGAAGGUGGUUUCGUUCGCAUACAGACUUCAAAUUGAAUAAUGUAAUGAACUAUCUUGAGAAGAUUACAGAUUCUGAGUUCAGGUUCCUCCACAGUUCACUGGACAUUGAGUUGAACAAUUGUAUUCUGGGAUGCACUUUGUCAUUAAGCACUAUGUAGAGCUUGUCAUGAAAUACUGAUAACAGUUGACUAAAUCUUCACAACGCAUUUUGGACUUCUUUCUCGUUUCGCUGAAAACUUAACUAUGGGCUUCAGAACGUGUUUUAGCAAUUUAGUCAGGAGGUACUCUUUUCUAGGAGGAUUUUUCAAAUUUCCUUCCAUUGAGGCUCAAAUGAACAGCCAAUUACUUCGUCGAUAAUGUUUUAGAAAUUGUAUUAAACGAUUUCCCAUUUAGAUCGACUUUACAACAAUAGUUUAAUUAGGGUUACACCGAAGACAUGGAAUCCAGUAGUCGGCGCCGUUGUUGUAAGUGGUAAACGUAACUGCUAUCCUCUCUAAUUUCUCUUCUAAUACCAAUUUUUUGGAAGGCUACUUUCCGUUCGCUUGCGGAAUGAAACACUUUGAAGAUGGUAAUGAAUAUUCGAGCAGUUUCGAUUCUCAUCAAAACCUUCUACUUUCGAAAUUGUAAGUAAAAGACGACAGACGACAUUUUACCCCGAUAGACUAAAAUGAAUCAAUCAAAAAACGACUCUAGCUAAAGUAAAAGUAUUAAAUAAAAAAUAAUUUUCAUUUCUCAUUUUCGGAAAUGAAAAACCCUGGUUGGGAGCAGGAGCUCCAUCCAGAAAUUUCAGCAAGUUGGCCGUAUUAUCUUUAAUUCUUUCACGCGUUGUUCUUGCGUUGUCCAACGAAGAAUAUUGUUUCCCAGAGCGGAAUUUCCACUCGAGAUAGGUACAGAAAUGAUCCGCGUUCUGAUUGUUUGCAGUUUAUCGGCUGCAUUUUAGUAAUCUUUCAGAAUAAAAUAAUUUGAAAUUAUUUCUGGUAGAAUACAAUCAAAAACCAAAGUGUCAAAAGUAACCCCAUGCGGCAAUAAUUUCUCAUUGUUUCUAAAAUACUGAAUAGCGUCUCACAAACCACUGUAAUCCGAACGUAACAUUGUCAUGAAAUUAGGACGUGUACUAUUUAAAAUUUUUAUUUUUCCUGGAAGUAAAUUAAUUUCAUCAAUAGAAACGCCAUAUAAAUGUGUAAUAUUACAUACUUAUUGUCCGGUAUCUAAUCUUUCUUCAACAGUACCCAAGCGAAUCGAAUUUACAAAACUGUCCCCUUAAAAUUUAUUUGUAUGAUCGAACUUUCAUAUUUUCGACAUAUAACAGUUCGGCUGAAAAGUUCAUAAGGUUCACGUGUAGAUGGCGCCUCUUGCAAAAAUCUACUUGACUAUCACAAAGCAACAUCUUGCAAUGGAUACGUGUCAAAACUUGACAGCAAUCGGUCGAUUGGUUCGUGAGUCACAGCAUUGAGAGUUAAGCAACUUUUUUUAUUGGGAAAAAAAAUCAAACAAUGAAAACGAUGGCAAAAUUGCAUGAAUUGGGCUUCGAAUUGCUUCCGCAUCCACCGUAUUCUCUAGAUCUGGCCCCCAGCGACUAUUUACUGUUCGCAGACCUGAAGAAAAUGCUCGCUGCCAAGAAAUUUAAGACCGAUGAUGAAGUGAUUACCGAAACUGAGGCCUAUUUUGAGGAAAAACCGGAAGAGUAUUAUAAAAUUGGUAUCGAAAAGUUGCAAGAUCGCUAUAAUCGCUGUAUCGCCCUCGAAGGCAAAUUAUGUUGAAUAAUAGAAUUGAAUUUUGCAAAAAAAAAUUGUUUUACUGUGUCACCUUAUAAACUUUUCAGCCGAACUGUUAUGUAUUUUGACAAGCUCAGAGGUGACGAUUUUUUUCCUAAGACAAAUCCCCCGGCUAGAAUGCUCCAACCCGCUUCUCCCAUGAUGAUAAGUGUGGUAAUUGGUUGGGCAUCGGGUGCCGCAUAUACAAUUUUGACAUUCACAAUUUUGAAAAUUCAAUUGAUUCGAUAAACGACAAAUACGUGGUUUUGAAGGGAUAUUCAGUAGCUAUCAAAAUAAUGAGUGUUUGGAUGGGAUGUGCGCGAACAAGCAUGUCACGAGGUGGAAUUUCGGAAAUUAGGGAAGAAAUCGGUUUUGUGGGAGAAUUUUUGAUUCACUUUUUGCAAAUAAAAGCAGCGGGGAGUAAUUAUUAGCCGAAUACAGCGCAUGUGGAGUUGCUCGUACAUCCCAUUUCAUAUAUUUCUAGUAAUUGCCCAGUUGAGAGGAAUGAGAAAAUACAAAAUAAAAUAUGAUAGUUAAGGCUAACCUACGGAUAGUUCCAAUCUCUUUCGUCUUAUUUAAUGAAUUUCAAAUUUUUGGCUUCGGGUGGCAUAUUGACAGAGAAAUGAUCUACGUUUUUUAAUUUCAUCAUUCCUACUCCCAUUGAAAAAAUAUGCUGUCCAAAAACUGGAACAAUUCUCAUAAUAUAUACUAAGAAAAAGUUAGUUCACUUCAUCAUCCGACUUCAUCGCAUAUUUCUCUGAAAAAUUAUUAUUGUAUGCAAUGAUUUCUAAAAAUCAUCAAUUGAUCUUCCAAGAUUUUCAAUAUUUCCAACGAGGAAAAAGAAAACAGUAGCACUAUUCUACACGAUGCGAUGAUCUUGCAGAUCUAUGAUCAUACGCAUAGAUGAACGUAACGUUUUUUCUCCAAUGUCUCGCUGUAGAGUUCCAGAGAAGCCUAUAAUGUUUAGUUCAUAAAACAUAUUCGGUGUUAUAUUUUAGGACUUUUCAAUGUCAAUCUCCACCACAUCAUAUUCUUCCUCAGAUCGAUUUCAUCGUUUUAAAACACCAUAUUAUCAUUAUUACGCAAAGAAAAUCAUUUUUCUCUUUAUUGAUGCAAUAAACAUGGAACAGAGAACUUUAUCUAGUGGAAAAUAUUACGGAAAAUCCAAUAUAUGAUGCAUUACUUACAAGUUCAUUCUCAAAUUUUCAUCACUUCAUCAUUCAUAUUUUUAGCUAACGAAAAACUAAAUUCAACUUGUUUGCAGAUGGACACAAAACAUAAAACGAUGAGUAAAACAAACAUUGUGAGCAAAACACAAUGGUCGCCAAAUUCCAUUCAAAAUGCUACGUUUAGAAAAAGUUCCAAACCAAAAAAAUUAUCCAAAUUAAACAUCGUAGAAUUAUUUUUCUAUCGCUACGCUCAAUGUCACCUACGAUUUCAUUGAUGGCAUUCAGCCAGCUGAAAAUUCAAUGUUGCGACCAAGAAAAGUUGAAACACACCAAACUCAAACAUCAGCCAAACCUCAAGCCACCCUGAAUGGCGAAAAUUUGCCCCCUUCAGCCGAAACUCAUACCAAUUCCAGUGUUAUUGUUUAUUCAUUUUGGUCAAUCUGAACGAACGGAUCGGACAUUCCGUCUACUUUUUCGGUUUCGUCCCAUCGCGUGCCAAUCGCAAUUUGAGUCUUUUCUUGUUUUUUUUUUUCCUUUGAGCAAAUAUCAACGAGCAUUAGCUAAGCAAAAAUGGAAACAAAAAUAAACUCAUAAAAACUAUUCAACGGAAAAAGAAACAAAAUGCCAAACACAAUUUCCCAGGAAGAGAGAGAGAGAGAGAGAGAAAGAGCUGUAGAAGAGAGAAAAACACGAAAGAUUCGACUGCCGGUGGUUCCGAGCAGACGGAAAAUAUUGCAGAUAUAAAAUCAAUCAAUACUAUUAUUUAAAAAUAAAUUUGUAAAUAUUAAAUGUAAGUUUAGAUACAUUUUUUUUCGCCGUCGCCGCCGUCGUCGUCUUUAUCGUCGUCAUUGGAGAACUCUCGGGAGGUUUUAUUUGAUGUUUUUGCUUCCGAGAGCACUCGCCAUACCAAACAGCGAAAAAUCGUACAAGAGUCAAGAAGAGAAAACAGAAAGAAGAAGAAAAAGCAAGAAAAAGAAACUAGUCAGAAAGAAAAACGAAUCACAGCAUAUGACAAACAAAUUACAUAACCGGAAUGAACUUCAGCGAGCGAGACCAAACACAAAAAGUUUGAUUUAGAGCGAAUGGAAAAUCAUAUUUUCCCGACAGCGACGAGAGCAUUCCGCGCAAUUCGGCUGCUUUCGGGGGUUUUGCUAUUCGCGGAAGACUUCUUGUGGAUGUGACAUUUUAUACAAAUAUGUUUUUUUGGAACUAGCGAAUCUAGAUUGUGUAGUGAGAGAAGGAGAGGAUUGGAUUGCCAUCGUGAAAUCAAAAGCAGCAUUCGGGCCAAAUCAAAAUCGAAUCGAAUGAAACAAUAUAUCGAGCCGGAGUGAUUCGUUUUUUUUGUUUCAUCCCAUCGAUUCAAAGAAGAAGCAAAAUGGAUGAAUCAUUGCUUGAAUUAUUUAAUUUUCAAUUGAUUAGUCUCGGAUUGUAUUUCGAAGCGCGGAAUUGCUUGCAUAAACUAUUCACCGUUUCAGUUUCGUCGACUAUAGUGUAAUCAUGUUUGUUAUUUAGCAACUCACAUCCUCAAUUGGUCGGAUGGAGUUGAGAUGAAUGGUUUUGUUUUUCUGUUAAAUUUUAUACGACUCACUACCAAAGUUAUAUAUGAAUGUAUGAAAAGAGAUAAACUGGUUGUAGGAUGCAAAUGUCAAGUGUAGCAGACGCUCCUCGGUGCUGUGUUUUGUUGUAUGUUUUAUGAGAUUUUAUUUUACGCCCAGCGAGGAGAUGCCGAGAAACGAAAAUGAAAAGACUCAACUUUUCAACAGAGAAGUUGCAUUCUAAGUUUCAAUCCUUUUAAAGGUAGGUUGUUCCAUUGUUACAAUUCUAGGUUAUUUUUUGUGAUAAGCGCGAUUGUGCGCUCACUCGUUAAAAACGAAAUUCAAACGUGUACAUAUAGAAAUUAAAGAAAGAAGAAAAACAAAUCAAAAAUUAAAGAGAUUCUCGUAACAUACAUGACAACAUAAAACUUGGAAGUUCACCACAGCAGAGUUUUACUACAUAGAUGAUAGUGAACAUUGAAUAUUCUUUGUUUAUCCUCAAGAAAAGAAAAUGUGAAUGAAAACGAAACAUUUUUACAGACCUGAUUUCUGACAAGGUGCACCAUUUGUUACAGACAAGAAAUGUGUGCAGAGAAUAUUAUGGAAAAUAAUGAUGAAGAUGAUGAUGUACAUUAUUCGGCUGUAGAAAAAUAACCAAGGUCUCAUAAGAAAGGAGAAUGAGUCAUUUUAAGAGACAGAAUAAUAAGUGACACGUGGAUUACAUUCUAGUGAAUGAAAAUAAAUUAAUGCGAAUUGUUUUGUAAUAUAAGAGAUGAAAAGAAACAAAAAAAAAGUGAAGAAAUCUGUAAC